AUGAUGUAUCUUGCAGAUGCUGAGAUUGACGAAGGCGCGUUCAACUCUUUCUUCGGUUCUUCGGUACUGGAGUACGGGAAGUUCUUCAGCAACGUCUUCGUGGAGGGCCUGCGCCGGCCCGAGGAUUUGGGUGAAUCUCUCUGGGGCCGCGACGCCCCGUCUGUGCGCAUCACCCAAAGGAAGUGGAACCAGUACAUUGCCGUGGCCAUGAAGCUCAUUGAAGAGGAUGAGGCGAUCGCGGGGCACGCCCGCCACCAGGUGGAGGAGCGCAGGAAGCACUUCUGGCGCACGCUGCCCCCAAGCAGUUUCCUGGCUGUGAACCGACGCGAGUGGGAGGAGCUCCACCAGCAGCUGAACGGCGGACGGCCGGUGCCGAAGGAGCAGCAGCUCCCGUAUUUCUUCGAAGAGAUCCCUGAUUGGUGCUGA